AUGACAGACCCUCAGACACUAGCUUCAAGGGCCGGGAGGGACCACUCGAAGAUUAUCACGUUACUGAAAUUACACCUCACAGUAUCGCUAGGCGCCACUUUCCUUUCUGCCGUCAGUCAUGAAUCCAUUGCCUUUUUCGGAGUCCUCCACUUCGAUUUCAAGAGUCGUCUUUCAAUUUGGGGCGGAGAGCACAAGUUGAUACUCGGAAUCUUGAUUACACACGGCACGACAAACGAAGACGACGUACUCCCGAAUCCAACUUCCACCAGGGGCCGCCAACUUCAGAUUCUGGCGAGCUUCUCCCAGGCGGAGUAUAUUAAGGCCCCCACUUCUACGGGACUGAAUAUUCCUCGAAAGCCCGCAAUCGCUGUUUCCGACGGACUCUUUCUUCACCAAUACUUUUCCCAUAUCAUCACUUUCUACCUAAAAGCGGAAGCUACGGUUGCCUUCUCUGCUGCUCGAUUUGCUUACACCCUUGGAAAUCCGUGCAAGCCACGGUCAAAGGACUUGUCACCACUUUUUAUUCAAUCGCUGAACUACUUCAGUCGUGCGAUUCAAUUGGUUAAGCAAGACACCAGCCAGAUCGAGGAUAUCCUUGCUACGGUGAUUUUCUUCAUACUCUUCGAAAAUGUAGUUGGGACCGUCAGGACCUCUUACUGCCAUUUACGAGGGCUAGAGUCCCUCAUCCUUCGGCACUACCGUGCUUUAUCCGGAACACCUUACGGCCGACUGGUAUUGCGUGCGAGUCUUUUUAUCCGUGCAAAAGGGUUUCUCAUUUUAGGGCCGUUGCAUGCAACACCUCGCAGCCAAGUUGCUAACCGAGAGCUCGACCUUCUUGCGCGCCGGAUCUGCGCACAACAAGAACUUCUCUUUCUCGCGAUGGCAGAUUCCAUCCGUGUGUCAUCUAUCCUCCUUCUUCAGAGAUGCUCACAGUCCCGCUGCGAUAAUUUGGAAUUAUUUCGCCUGAAGCUUUCAACCCCUGGAGAUGGAGAAGGCUAUCUUUCAGGAUGCAAUGAUAGCGAGUCCGAAGUUUACCGGAAGCUAGAUGAUCUUAGGCAAUACGUCGAUUUCCUCUUCGCUCAGUCGAAUUCGCUUUAUAAUGCGUUCCUUCGAUGUACUGGACAUCCAGUAUUCCAGCGAACGGACCUCAGCUACUCAGAAGAUGCCAUUUUGCCUAUCACAUUCGAUAGUCGUGAAGACGCAAUUGCCUGCGCGAUGUAUGCCUUGGUGCAGAUCUAUUGUGACCGUCAAACACUUAAGCAUUUGCUUCUUGCGGAGACUAGUCAAAUGACUUUGCCGUUAACUCGGUGGGCUAAGGUGAUCCUUGGUAUUGCGAAAGGAUGGGAUCCAUCGCGAUACUUAUACGAGGAGACGUAUAACAUGAACAUAGGAUGGAUUGUGGAGUUGCUUUGUCUUCGCUGGCCCAACGCUGAUAUCUUGACCUACCUCACUCAAAAUCUCGUCCCUAGCCUCAGGAUGGCUCGGCCUUGCAUGGAAGACUCUGCAGGGGCUUUGCUGCUUUUUGAUUUGGUAAUAGAAAUGCUGAAUACCGAGAAUGCCCGCGGACGCAAAGUCUUUGCCAUGCACCUUGUUCAUGAAGAUUCUUGCGAGGAAAACGGAUUCUUUCUGCCCAAUCAGUCAUUACGUUUUGUCAUCCAUGGUUAUACUGACGAUGGAGAGUUUUUCAAUGAUUAUAUCUCACCGUCAACUUGA